UCCCCGAGUCUAUUGCUCCGUCCUCCUCGACCUCGAGUGUCUCAUCCGACUGCUUGUCGAGCAGCACAAGCACCCUUCGAGACCGUCGAGGAGUGUCGCUGUGGAUCUCGUUCUCCGCCGUCUUCCCGGUCGCUCCCAAACCCAAGGGAGCGCUCGGCCCGACCGUGAACAACAUCCCCCGGCGGCGGAAGCGCAGUAGCGUCGUGUCCAUCGACUCGCGGCCCGUGUCUGAGGACUCAUCAUCACUUGACCGGGUCGGCUACUUUGCGUGAGGGGUCGGGUCGCAAGAGAGACGGAGAUGGAGUUGUAUGCAGUCGUGUGAUUGGAAAAGCCAACCGCGACAUCAGACCAAUUGUCAUCCAUCCACUUCCCUCUCCGAGUCCCGCUCGGCUUGCCAGCCCAAUCACUUAUAUUCUGAAGCGGUGUCGCAAGGGAUUCUGUGUCAACAGUGCACUUGCGCGGCAUGCCGUCAUUGCCGUGACAUGACCUUCGCAGUGUUACGCAUCCAAUAGCUUACUUCGUGUUUGAUAUGCAAAAUACUCGUUCCCAUGCUAUAGGACCGAAAUAUUAUGAGUCGAGUAGUCGAGAUUUCCUAUCCUAUUUUGAGUGACAGUGUUUCGUGUGAA